AUGGGAGGUGUCACCGUCACCGUCACCGUCGUGUCUCUCUUCCUUCUCAUCGCCACCGCCAAUUCAGCCGUCGUCUCCUUCCGUGACGGACUGUUACCGAACGGGGACUUCGAGCUAGGACCAAAACCAUCAGACUUGAAAGGAACCGAAGUGGUGAACAAAUUAGCAAUCCCAAACUGGGAAGUCUCAGGUUUCGUCGAGUACAUAACCUCAGGACACAAACAAGGAGACAUGCUUCUCGUUGUUCCCGCCGGUAAAUUCGCGGUCAGGCUAGGGAACGAAGCAUCGAUCAAACAAAGACUCAAAGUGGUCAAAGGAAUGUAUUACUCACUCACUUUCAGUGCAGCUAGGACUUGUGCUCAAGACGAACGGCUCAACAUAUCGGUGGCUCCUGACUCGGGAGUGAUUCCGGUGCAGACUGUGUAUAGUAGCAGUGGUUGGGAUCUUUAUGCUUGGGCGUUUCAGGCAGAGAGUGAGGUUGCAGAAGUUGUGAUACAUAAUCCAGGUGAAGAAGAAGAUCCAGCUUGUGGACCACUCAUUGAUGGUGUUGCAAUGAGAUCUCUUUACCCUCCUCGACCAACCAACAAAAACAUUUUGAAAAACGGAGGAUUUGAAGAAGGUCCAUUAGUACUACCCGGCGCAACCACAGGAGUUCUGAUCCCACCAUUCAUAGAAGACGACCACUCUCCUUUACCCGGUUGGAUGGUCGAGUCUCUCAAAGCCGUCAAAUACGUAGACACGGAACACUUCUCAGUCCCACAAGGUCGCCGAGCCAUUGAGCUUGUAGCCGGAAAAGAGAGCGCGAUCGCUCAAGUGGCUCGGACCAUCAUUGGGAAGACUUACGUCCUGUCUUUUGCGGUUGGAGAUGCUAACAACGCUUGUAAAGGAUCAAUGGUAGUUGAGGCUUUUGCAGGAAAAGAGACACUUAAGGUCCCUUACGAGUCACGUGGAACCGGAGGGUUUAAACGAGCUUCAAUCCGAUUUGUGGCGGUUUCGACCCGAACCAGAGUUAUGUUUUACAGCACUUUCUAUGCAAUGAGAAGUGAUGAUUUCUCGUCUUUGUGUGGGCCUGUGAUCGACGACGUCAAGCUUUUAAGCGUUCGUAAGCCAUAG